AUGGUUAAAAAGCGAGCAUCCAACGGUCGCAACAAGAAGGGACGAGGUCACGUCAAGCCUAUCCGCUGCUCCAACUGCUCGCGGUGUACACCAAAGGACAAGGCGAUAAAGAGAUUCACUAUCCGCAACAUGGUUGAGAGUGCUGCUAUUCGCGAUAUCUCUGAUGCCUCUGUCUUUCCCGAAUACGCCGUCCCAAAGAUGUACCUGAAGCUCCAAUACUGUGUCUCAUGUGCCAUUCACGGCAAGAUCGUUCGUGUCCGCUCUCGAGAAGGGCGCCGAAAUCGCGCACCACCUCCGAGGGUCCGGUUCAACAAGGAUGGAAAGAAGAUCAAUCCACAGCAGGCCAACAACUUAGCGAAGACAGCUCAGGCGUGA